CUUUCACUCUCACCACUCUCAAUUUCUCUCUCUCUCUCUCUACUUUCUCUCUCUAAAUAAUGUGUCCAACAACUAAGCAAAAACACCGUAGCUCCGCCGCCGGAGCCGGCCGAAGCUCCAGAUCCGAUGAAUCCACGACCGGAGAAACCGAUUGGAUGACGGAAUCGAUCAAUGGCGGAUCUCUACACAAGGUUGACCUAAUCACUGGAAUUAACGGCUGGGCUUCACCACCAGGUAAUCUCUUCUCACUCAGAGCCAAGAAUUAUCUCACUAAACGACAAAAAUCUCCUGCUGGAGAUUACUUACUCACUCCGAUCGGUAUGGACUGGCUCAAAUCCAGUACUAAACUCGAUAACGUUCUCGCUCGUUCCGAUAAUCGCGUGGCGAACUCGUUAAGGAGAUCUCAAGGUCAGGGAAAAUCUCUUAAGAGCUUUAUAUUCGCUGUGAAUCUUCAAGUUCCUGGUAAAGAUCAGCAUAGCGCUGUGUUUUACUUCGCCACAGACGAUCCUAUCUCUCCUGGUUCGCUUCUUUACCGAUUCGUUAACGGUGACGAUGCGUUUAGAAAUCAACGGUUCAAGAUCGUGAAUCGGAUCGUUAAAGGACCGUGGAUCGUCAAGAAAACGGUGGGGAAUUACAGUGCUUGUUUGUUAGGUAAGGCAUUGAACUGUAAUUACCAUAGAGGAACGAACUAUCUUGAGAUCGACGUUGAUAUAGGAAGCUCCGCCAUAGCCAGUGCGAUUCUUCACCUCGCGCUUGGUUACGUUACGAGCGUUGCGAUCGAUAUGGGGUUUUUGAUCGAGGCGCAGACGGAGGAAGAGUUGCCGGAGAGAUUAGUCGGUGCAGUUAGGGUUUGUCAAAUGGAGAUGUCGUCAGCUGCUGUGGUUGACGCGCCUCACGCGCCGAGUGUAGUGCGUGGUAUAGCGAAGGUGAAUCAUCAUAGGUCCGGCGAUGGUGACUAUGACGAUAAUUAAUUGAACCUUUUAAUUAAUUAGAUAUUUUUAAUCUUUUUUUUAAAUAAUUAUUUUAAUUUUUUUUUUGUAAUUGUGAUUUAAGAAUCCCUUGUAUAAUGGGUCAACACUUGGACGGUGGAUAUUGAAUCAUGUAGAUAAUAAAAAAAAAAAAGAAAAGAGAAAAGUAACACCCAAAACAUAUUUGAUAAUGGAUUCGAAUUUUUAGUGCA